AGAUGCCCAGCCUGCGGUCAGUGGGACCUGAGCAGCGUCUCAAUCAGAGGGAGAUACCUGUCACUUCGGAGGUCCCACCCAGGAGUGAAGGAUGCUGCUCUGGGUGUUCUUUGUGGUCCUCAUCCUCACCAGUGGCUCCCACUGCUCACUGCCCCCGUCACCUCCCUUCAGGAUGCAGCGACAUGUAGAUGCCAUCUUCACCACCAACUAUAGGAAACUCCUGAGCCAACUGUAUGCCCGGAAAGUAAUCCAAGACAUCAUGAACAAGCAAGGGGAGAGGAACCAGGAACAAAGGGCCAGGCUCAGCCGCCAGGAAGACAGCAUGUGGGCGGAGGACAAGCAGAUGGCUCUGGAGAGCAUCUUGCAGGGAUUCCCAAGGAUGAAGCCUUCAGCGGAGACUUGAGCCUUCCGACCCCCAACACAACUGUACCCUGUUACUUCUGCUUCAGUUCUGACCUUUUCUGUCCUCUGUAAAUACAAUAAAAUCCCAUCCUCAUCUGCA